GUAUUGGUCCAAAUGUCAUCGAUGUGUACAAAGCCAUGAACACAGAACGGGAUGAACUGUGGAAGACACAGAGCUUGACCAAGUCAAUGCGAAUCUUUGCCCAGGAAGUUGAGAGCUUAGACACCCCAUGUGUCUUUCUGCCACCUGAUGAUUUUGCAUCCGACCCAUUGCAUCCGACCGACCAGCAGCCUAGUGUAGGUAAGACCGAGCAUGUGCAUCCAUCCAGCGGACCUGCAGAGACCAUGAGUGAUCCUGCCAGUGAAACACCCCCCGAAGUUUCCCAACCCACCCUCUUUCAGGCCACGCCCCUUCCACGCUUAGGGUGUGGGGGCCCCUCCCAGUGUGAAGACAGGGCUCAUCUGAUCAGUGCGGAAAGUGACAUUGCUCCGAAAGAUACAAAUGAACUGAGUGAUCCAGCUGCCACCAAAUUGGCCUCUGCCAGAGUACCCAGCCGUGCACCUGACUCCAAUGCUGAAGGUGAGACCCGAGAGUUGUCAAGCGGUGACCAGACCAAGUCUUUUGGUUGUUUGUUGUAUGCGAUUGCAAGCCAGCGACAAGGGAGAACUGAAAGUGGGCUGAACCCACACUGUGCACCGUUGCCCAUGCCUGCAUGCCCUCCAAACCUGGAGGUGAUAGCGCUGAUGGCCAUCCAGGUCUCGGACACCGAUGAUGAAAGCCAAGCCACACCAUGCCAAAGCGAUCCAUAUGCCCAACUGCAUGAUGAAAUGCCUGAAAGCAUCAAGAAUCUCGCCCAUGGUCGUCUGAGUGAUGACCAGAACACCACUGUUGCCACAGCCCAGAGCUCCGAAGUGAAUGAACAUCAUCUGAACCAUGCUAAGUUUUUCUAUGAUGACCCAGCAUUUGACCAUCAAGUCAUGUUGGACCUCAACAAAACAGCAGGUGCAGGUGACCAAUCCGAGUCUUUCCAAGCAGGAGCAGUGCCGGGCUUUGCAGUCAAGCGCGAACAUCCCAUGCCAGAAGCAGCCAGCAAGUAUCAGAAAUGCCAACAGAGUGCAAGACGCAGAAGUCUGGCUGACAAGCAAGCCGAUGACUGCCUGGCAAGUGAAACAGUGCCAGGUAAUGCGCAGAACUGUAACCAUGCAAAUGCUCAAGUUGCUCACGCGUUCAAAGCUGAUUGCGGCUUUCAAGCAGUUGGUUGGAUUCUGUCCAUGCUCCUGGAUGACACGACUCAGGUGCCCUUUUCCGAAGACCAAGCAGCGCAGUGGAGGGCGUUGUUUUUCCAUGAUCUGCAACACACGGGUGCCAGUGAAGUCAAUGUUUUUCACCCCAUCAUCCUAGGAGGUAUGCAGAGUCAGCGUGACCAAUUGCAGAAGCUGGUUACCGAACAUGGGGUUGCCCCAGGCCGCAGCCGUGAGUGUGCCGAUCAGCUGGUACAAGCCUUGGGUGGAAGCUCAAUCCAACAAAUACUUGCGUCACCUAGACCUUGGGCAGAUUUGAAAUCUAGGGCCAGUCUGCUUCGUCCACCUAUCCGAAUUGUGCUGUCGGAUGAAUUGAAGCAGUUGAUCCAAAACAAGGUUCAAACCCAAGGGCAAGUGGGAACAAAAGCCAACAAGAUCAAGAACAAGACUCAACGGAAAGCGCCUUUGCAACUGAAAGCCGACCAGCUUGAAGUGCCUCAUGCAGUCUUCAAACAAGGUGAUGGUACUGAACUGAGCCAACUUGCUGCAUCGGAAAUUGCCCCUGGAAGCCAAGGUGUUGCCAUUGUCAACAUUGCUGAAGCGAUGCCUUACUUUCAGCUGACGGAAGCAGUGAGCCCACAUGGGAUUGCGCUCUUAGUCCUGGAGUUUGAUGAUCCUAGGUUGCCACCUCACCACCAAGUGAUGAAAGUGCCUAUGCAGAGCAAAGACACCCAUGACCCGCUGAUUGUCAGCGUAGCUGUGGUCCAACUUGGACACCAACCAGUCCAACGCAAUGUGCCCACGCACACCAUUGCAGUGCCAGAGGUACCCAAUCAGGUCAUCCGAGUUCUUGUAUAUAAGGAUCAGUUCACAGGACAAUGGAGUGACUUUGUGAAAAGCCCAGUCAAAUGCUUGAUGCAGCAGGAUCCUUUCCGACAGCUCCAACAAACUGAUGUCAUUGAUGUAUGGGAUCGCCAGUUUCUCACGGCCAAGUUGCAGAAGGUUGUGCCAGAUGAAGCUGACAUGUUCAGUGUGAACCUUCGCAUCAGGCAACAAGUCCAAGAAGAGGUGACCAAAGCCAAUGGCAACAAUGGCACCUACAUCGAGCCAAGGACACCUGACGGACGACACCCAGAUGAAGCGUAUCAAGUGGUCUGGUUACCAAGGAAGACGUAUGGUGAAGCUCAGGUCAGCCAGAAAACGUCCAAGACACCGACCACCCUAGUCCGCCAAGCAGACCGAUAUGGGCUCAGGGUUGCCAAUGAAGAAGCGGAAGCAUUGCACCGAUUGCACAGGCCAGAUCUUGUGUACAUACAGGGCUCAGAACUUGUAAAGUACAGAGUAGGCCCCAUGCCUUUUGGUUCAACCAAACAAUCCUUGGUCCAUGUCUUCUCCAAGUGGCAGUGGAAAGCACGCCCACUUGCGCCGCAGGGGCAAACCAGAGAUCGAGCUGGUGUAAUGUGGAUUGUGCAAGCAGCCGAGCCGCCCUCGCAUUGGGUAUUCCAACUCAGCCAUGGAGAUGUGUUGAUAUCCCCCGAAGACAAAAGCACGCCAGUGCAGCAGCCGCCACAAGCUGUUUUGGCAUCGUCCAAAACCAUCCAAGCCUUGCAAGCCAAUGUUGUCCCGAAUGCCAAUGAAGACCCCUGGAUCCACUAUGAUCCCUGGGCCAGACCAAAUCCACGAGAGAUGCCUACAAGCCAAGUUGCGUCGCUUGAGACCAGACUUGAACAAAGUAUCCUGACCAAGAUGAAACAAAGUGAUGUUGCCAUGCCUGACACUGAUGCCAAAGUAGCGGAACUGGAGUCUCGCCUUGACCAGUUGAGCCAAACUGUGCAGGCCAAUCACCGUGAAUCAGUGCAUCAACAUCAGGCUGAAGUUGACGCACAGUUCACAUUACCAGCAGGUCAUGAUGACCCCACAGUGCAGUAUGCCAACUUGAUGCAACAGGUUGAAACAGCAGUUGAUCGAGCACUCAGGACCAAAGGUAAAGGAGCCAUGCCGAACAACAUGCGAGGUCGAGGCCAGCAGCUUGAAGUCGUGUGGGUCCAAGAACACUCGGCUCCAGUCAAAAAACCUCGAGAGGGUGAAUAUCAGCCAAGUUUUCAUGGACUCAAUCAACAGCACUGCAAGUGGGUGCGUCAGUAUAGGAGACUUGUGAACUAUGCCAGGUUAGUUCAAGGGUUCAAAGACACCACACAUGCAAGAGACCACCGAGUCAAACUUUGGAGAAGCAUCACAACCACCGCAGGGUUUGCGCCCUCCUUCCCUCAAUGGAUUGCCGACCAUGCUGACCCUAUCCAAAUUUCUUGGCAUGACCCGCCUGAUCAUGAUGAAGCAUCCAAGCUGUGCCAGCGUUUUCACAAGCUGCUGACGGAGUUUGAGAAAGCCCUGAAUGCCCAAAGGUCGGUAGCAGCCAAGCAGCGUAGGCAAGAUGAUCCGGCAGUCAUUUUCCAAGACCUUCGAGAUGAGAAACCUUUGCCAGUCCAAAUGCUGGUGGAGCAGAAAAAAGCCACCAUUACCGAACUUGACCAUGAUGAAUCAGCAGUGAUUGUUCACCAAGACCACCAAUGGGAUGCCACACAGCCAGUUUACAGUGAGCUCGGUGCACACCAUAUCAUCGAAGCUGAAGAAUGCAAAGUGUGGUUAGAUGGAGUGACUGACCUUCAGCCAGGCAUGACCCUGGAGCAAGAAAACUACAUAGGCCGCCUCACUGACCUCUUUGCCAAAUUUGGAGAUGAAUGGACAUCCAGGUGGGACCGACACCUACAUGUUGAACCUGAUAGGUGGGAUCCCAUUGUACAGUUUGCUGAACUGGCCCUUCCGAAGCCUGACCCCAUGUCCUAUAGCCCCAUAACUAAAGAAGAAUGGGUCAAGGCCCUUAAAUCAAAAAGAAAGCAUGCAGCCACGGGGCCUGAUGGAGUGAGCAGAGCAGACCUCCUCAAUCUUCCUGAGCAGGCCACUGAGAAUAUCCUGGAGAUGUUGGCUGGGAUUGAGCAGGGUCAUCAAUGGCCACGCCAGUUGGUCCUGGGCAUUGUAGCAGCGUUAGCCAAAAUACCAACAGCAUCCCAAACCAAGCACUUCAGACCGAUCACCAUCUUGCCUGUCAUUUUCCGUACGUGGAGUUCAAUCCGAGCCAGACAGAUCUUAGCCCACCUACAGCCGUUUGCACCGCCCACAUGUGCAGGCAGCGUUCCAGGUCGCCAAGCUGCGGACAUAUGGUACCAUAUCAUGGCCAAUAUUGAAGUAGCCCAAUUUGCCAAAGCUGACCUUGCAGGGGGGGUAGUAGACCUUGAAAAAGCUUUUAACAUGCUGCCUAGGAUCCCAGUCCUUGAAUUCAUGCGCAUCCUCAACGUUGCCCCACCAAUCUUGGUGGCAUGGUCCAGAGCCCUGGUGUCGUUGGAAAGGUUUUUGCCUUGCCGAAUGGCACCUGCCGCGAAAGACAGUUGUCCCUCGUCCAGGUUGUCACAAUCCUGGCAAAGUCGGAUACAAGGUCAAGCAGCAGAGAGGAAAACCAUGGUAGGUGCAUCGCCAGUGGCUAUGUCCAUUUUUUUCUGCAGUAAGGAAGAUGCCACAG